AUGGCCUUCCAGUUUCCUUCGGGUGCCGUGACUGAAGAUGCGUUCUGGGAGAUGCUGACCUCUAAGCACUGCGCCUCGACCGAUUUCCCAGCCGACAGAAUGAACAUUGAUGCUUUCUAUAGUCCAGACCCUAAGAAGCCCAAUUCUGUUCACACAAAGAAAGCCCACUUCCUUCGCGACGACAUCCGCAACUUUGAUGCCGCCCACUUCAACAUUACUCCCGCCGAAGCCGGCGCCAUGGACCCCAACCAGCGUGGGCUGAUGGAAACAACCUACCACGCCCUCGAAUCCGCCGGUAUUCCAGCCUCCUCCAUCGCUGGCACAAACACCUCCGUGCACGCUGGCUUUUUCUCCACAGAUUUUAUGACCUUCAACCUACGUGACCCACUCCGCAUCCCCAAGUACUACGCGACGGGCGCUAGCUCCUCAAUUCUGUCUAACCGCAUAAGCUGGUUCUUCAAUCUGCGCGGGCCGAGCAUGACAAUUGACACGGCCUGCUCGUCGGGCUUGGUGGCGCUGCAUCUGGCGUGCCAGGGCUUGUGGGUGGGCACCAGCGACAUGGCCAUUGUCGCAGCUGCCAAUUUAAUCCUCUCACCAGAGCUCAACAUCGCACUCAGCAACAUGAACUUCCUUUCUCGCGACGGAAAAUGCUAUUCUUUUGACCACCGCGCCUCGGGCUACGCGCGCGGCGAAGGUUUUGCUGUGCUGGUUUUGAAGCCCCUUUCCAAAGCGCUAGCGGCCGGAGAUACAAUUCGCGCCCUCGUAAGGAGUACGGCAAGUAAUCAAGACGGGCAUACGAGUGGUGGCAUUACCCAACCAAGCAAUGAUAUGCAGACCCAGCUCAUCCGCUCCACAUACACAAAAGCUAGUUUAGAUAUGCGGGAGACACGUUUUUUUGAGGCGCACGGCACCGGCACCGCAGUUGGAGAUCCCAUCGAAGCACGCGCGAUAGGUGAGAGUUUUCGGGAGUAUCGAUCAGACGACCAGCCACUGUACGUUGGGGCGGUCAAAUCCAAUGUGGGGCAUUUGGAGGGUGCGAGCGGCCUUGCGGGGGUGAUAAAAGCGGUGCUCGCACUCGAGAAGGGAGUCAUACCGCCGAACACCAACCUUGAAGAGCUGAACCCGGGCAUCGACGACAAGUUCUUCCGCUUGAACUUUCCACGGGAGUGCGUGCAGUGGCCAGAAGGCGGAAUCAGAAGAGCGUCUGUUAACUCGUUCGGAUAUGGAGGAGCCAACGCUCAUGCUAUCCUCGACGAUGCCUACUCUUACCUUCGCUCAAAACAACUGAAUGGAAACCAUUCUACUUUGCCAAUACAGCCGGGCAUCAACGGUUGUGUGAGCGACCACCAUACGAACGAGGAGUUUGGGAAUGGCGUAGGCUACCACAAUUAUCAUCGAGAUGAGCCACUUCCAGCAUCCGUUGAACCAGAUUUCACCCCAAAGCUCCUCAUUUUCUCUUCUUCGGACGAGUCCGGAAUUACUCGUCAAAUCACUGCCCACAGCUCCUAUCUUCGACAACUCAAUCCUUCAACACUCUCCACCCUGCUCCCACAUUACUCCCACACCCUCCACACCCAUCGCACAAUGCUCAACUUUCGAUCGUACGGCAUUCUCACAUCCCAAAAUGAACUCCUCUCCGUCCCAACUCUGAUGUCCAGACCACUUCAGGCCCAAGGCACCGAUCCUCGUCUUGGCAUCGUCUUCACAGGCCAAGGCGCUCAGUGGCACGGCAUGGGACGUGAACUUUUAUCCGAGCCCAAAUUUCUGACCAGUGUACAGCGAUCGCAGACGUAUCUUGAAGAGCUGGGAUGUACGUGGUCACUGAUCGAGCACCUCAGUAAUGAGAGAUAUGCUGCAUCUGUUGGCCAGGCGCAGUAUAGCCAGGUACUGACAACAUCUGUGCAACUAGCCCUGGUGGAUCUAAUAGUAUGGCUCGAGAUCAAUUCUUCAGUCGUGGUAGGGCACUCAUCCGGUGAGAUAGCAGCGGCUUAUGCCGCGGGACACAUCUCCCAAUCCUCCGCAAUCCGGGUGUCGUACUACCGUGGUCUUCUAGCAUCAAAAUUGGAGAAUGAGCAGACAUUAAAGUACUCCAUGGCUGCUAUAGGUCUGUCGCGUGCAGAUACCGAGUCUCACAUCAAACUGCUAGGCGCAAAACCAGAUUCUGGAGUGAAGGCUGAAACAAUUACAAUAAGCUGUAUCAAUAGCCCUUCUAACGUUACUGUAUCCGGUCCUGAUCAUGUUGUCGACACUCUCGUUGAAUAUCUGGUGGGAAAGCAGGUCUUUGCGCGGAAACUGAAAGUAGGAUUGGGAUACCAUUCCCCCCAGAUGGCCCAAAUCAGCAGCGAAUAUCUUCAUAUUCUCGACGACCUCGAACUGAAAAAAGGAGACUCGAAAAUCCGACCUAUGAUGGUGUCUUCUGUUACAGGCCGGAUUACCGACGCCUCAACCGUGUGCUCUGGAGAGUACUGGGUCCGCAACAUGGUCUCUCCUGUCAACUUCUUCGGCGCACUGUGCUUCUGCGGUUCGAUCUCCAAGUCAGUCCCUAUCAAUAAACGCUUAGACCUUAGCCACACUACCGAGCUGCGUAUUGACGGCUGGCUGGAAAUCGGGCCACAUUCUGCGCUGCAAGGUCCCAUCCGCGAAACCCUAAAAUUCCUCUCCCGCGAAAAUGAAGUCAUCUAUACCUCUGCGCUCGUCCGUCACAAAUCUGCACUCUCAAGUGUUCUUUCCGCAGCCGGACACCUCCACUGUCUAUCCUUCCCGGUGAAUAUGUCGCACGUAACUCUCCUUGGUCUCUCGUCUGCCCAGCGAAGAUCUCUAAAAGUGUUGCCGAAUCUCCCUCGGUACUCCUUCAACCACUCUAGCCUUCAUUGGGAGGAGCCACAGUCCAACAAAACCUUCCGAUUUCGGAAGCACGGUAACCACGACCUGCUCGGCGCCAAAAUCAGCGAGCCCAACCCGGCGGAGUCGCAGUGGAGAUUCAUCAUCAGGGAAGAUGACAUGCCAUGGGUCCAGGACCACAAAGUCAAUGGCGCCAUUUUGUAUCCUGCCGCGGGCAUGAUCGUCAUGGCAAUCGAAGCUGCUAAACAGCUGAUGGAAGAUCAUACCCCUGUAGCUUUCGAGUUAGAGGACGUAGAAGUCCCCGCACCAAUAAUGAUAACUUCAGCACCAGAAGGAGUUGAGACACGCAUUAAUAUGAGUGCCAGUACGAAAGGUGCAAAGGGGGAAACGGAUUACAAAUUUCGCAUUUUCCUCUGCAAAGCCGAUGAUAGCCCAUUAGUAGUAUGCUCCGGUACGAUACGUGGAGACUACAAGCGCGGAAUUUCAGAUGUCGACCAAGGGAUGGAGGCCAGAGAAAAGGCCGCACGUUUAAGAUCCGAGUUUGAAGAUACGGUCAUAGGGUGCACGCAGACUGUGGGCCAUGAUGAGCUGUAUCAAGUCAUCCGCAAUGAGACGGGCCUUGACUACGGUCCUGCAUUCCAAGCGCUGGAUAGUAUUUGCUUUGACGGUUCUGGGCGAGCGGUUGCCACUGUUCUUCCUCAAGAUAUUGGGUCGACGUCCGCCUACACAGUACAUCCCACCAGGCUCGACGGUAUAUUUCAACUCACGUUUGCGGCACUGGGUGCCAUGAGGCAGGCGAAAACCAUGGUACCGACUUUUUUGUCGAGGCUGUGGAUUCCAGUUCUCGGAUUUGGGCACCCUAGUCACGCCCCCGAUAAGGCAUACGCCAAGAUCAAGAAAGUAUCCCAGCGCACGGUCGUUGUCGACAUCAAGACUGUUGGUGGCACUAACACGCUGCCAAAAGCCGAGAUCGAUGGCUUGGAGGUGACAGUCAUGGCAUCAAACAUUGAAGUCGCCAAAACGCUCGCCGAUGCAAAAUACACCUGCUCACACAUAGAGUGGAAAGUCGAUCUGGAUACUCUUGAGAUGAGGGAGAUACAGGAGUACUGCGAAGCGGCAAGAUCCACAAAGCCUGAGCCUGUGGAAUACUUCAACAACAUGGAUGUAUUGGUGUUCCAGUACGGAAUAAGAGCGCUUCAGGAAGUCAAAAGACAAGGAGGUUAUGUUGCACCAAAUAUGGAACGAUAUGCUGCGUGGCUGCGUGAGCGGAUCCACUUGACCUCUUCUCCGCCCGCAAAGAGCGAUGCUGAGCUCGACCGACUCUGCGAAUCCGUUGUCCAUACUACCCGUGGUCAGCUUCACAUCACCAUAGGCCAACAUCUCGCAGAAUUUAUUCGCGGUGACGCUGAUCCGCAGCAAGUUAUAUUCGCUGACGAGGCAAUGAUCACAGAGUUCUACCGCGAAUUGAUGGAAGAUACAACUGGCCUUGAUCCUUUCAAUCGAUACUUGGAUGCACUAGUGCACAAGACCCCGGGCUUGAAGUUUCUAGAAGUAGGCGCCGGAACAGCUUCGUCGACGACAGCGAUUUUGAAAGUGAUUGGAAAUCCCGCCAUUGGCCCACGAUUUGAAGAGUACAUGUUCACAGACAUCACCCCAUUCUUCAUAGAACAAGCACGUGUGAAAUUUGCCGAGCAUGCUGGAAUGAAGUAUCAAGCCUUGAAUAUCGAGCAAGAAUUGUCGGAUCAAGGAUUCGAGGCGAGCGCGUACGACGUUGUAGUUGCGGACAACGUAAUACAUGCGACGAGAAACCUACAUGUCACACUCGGAAACAUACGAAAGCUACUUCGUCCAGGUGGAAAGCUAAUCUUGAAGGAACUAGUGACCCCAGAGCGCCUGCUUACUGGUUUCGCGUUUGGUCUUCUUCCGGGAUGGUGGCUGGGCUGUGAAGCGGAGAGACAGAGAAGUCCUCUAGUUCCUGAGAGAAGAUGGGAUGAGAUCUUAAAAAAGUGUGGCUUUUCAGGAACCGACCUGAUUUUCCGAGAUCAUAUGAGGCAUGAGCCUCACAUCUGGACUAUCAUGAUAUCAACUGCUACUGACGCCCCCGGCGCUUCAAGCGCUUUGAAAGUUAGGCCUGUCACUUCACCGGCUUUCAUAAUCGAUCCAACUUCAAGUAGUCAGAAAGCAGUAGCAAUCAGCAUCGCCUACGAGCUUGGUCAUCCAAACGACCCUAAGUUACUCACUCUUUCCGAAGCGGGUCUCCUUUGCGGUAAAGAACCCGAGCCGCAAAACUACAUCUUCCUAAAUGAAAUGGAUCGUCCAAUAUUACGAGACAUCCAAGAAUCGGACUUUUUCAGUAUCCAAAAGAUUCUCCAAUCAGCGCGCAGCAUUCUCUGGGUAAAGCAAGGCCGGGGGGGCAGUGCUCCAUUAUGCCCCGACUUUGCCAUAAGUGACGGUCUGUGUCGCGUCUCACGGCGUGAGAAUAACAACGUCAUUGUUUCUCUAGCCUUGGAAGAUACAAGCCUUGCGUCAGUUGCCCACAUAGCCAAAGUCUUCAGAAUCACUCAGGACGCAUUGCAAACUGAUACCUUUGACUAUGAGCCUGAGUAUUCAGAGAUGGACAAGAGGCUGUGUGUGAAUAGACUUUGUAGAGCAAAGUAUCUGGAUGAGCAUGUUCUUAGGCGGACUGCGCGGCCCGUCCUGCAUCAGAGAAUCGGAGAAAAAAGACUGGAAAUGGGCAUUCGCGCCCGAGGUCUUCUAGACACGAUCGAAUUCUCCGAGGACUCCACGUUUGGCAGGCCACUUGGCCCCAGUGAAAUCGAUAUCGAGGUGCAUGCAAUCGGGAUAAACUACAAAGAUUGCUUGACCUUGCUUGGUAAGUACGACUCGGAUUACCUUGGAUCCGAGUGCUCCGGCAUUGUAAGCAAAGUUGGAAAAGGUGUUACCGAGUUCAAAGUUGGCGAUAGGGUUCUUGUCGGCAACCUUGGCGUCUUCAAGACCUACGUCCGCACUACUGAUCAAGCGGUCAUUCGAAUUCCCUGCACGAUGACUUUUGUCGAGGCAGCGUCAAUUUUUACGGCGUACUGUACCGCAUACUAUUGCCUCAUUGACAUAGCCCGUCUUCGAAAAAGUGAUACCAUUCUUAUACAUGCCGCUGCUGGGGGAACAGGGCAGGCAAUGAUUCAGCUUGCACAGUACGUCGGCGCCGAAGUGUUCACCACGGUCGGCUCAGAGACGAAGAAGAAGCUCUUGAUGAACGUAUACGGUAUUCCGGAUGACCAUAUCUUAUAUUCGAGGGACGACUCCUUCGCAGACGGCAUAAAGCGUAUGACAGGCGGACGUGGACUGGACGUCGUCAUCAAUUCUCAGCAAGGGCGACUUCUCGAGGCGUCCUGGGAAUGUAUCGCCCCUUUCGGUCACUUCAUUGAUAUAGGGCUGAAAGACGCGUUUUUGAGGGGCCACUUACCAAUGCAUGUUUUUACACGGACUGCUUCAUUUUCUGGCGUAAAUCUGGCUGCCAUGUGCGAGCGCAAAGACGGACUCAACAAGAGGUUGAUGAAGGAAGUGAUGAAUCUCUUUGUGAAUAAGAAGCUUCAGGUUGGAAGCCCGCUCAAUAUCUACCCUCUUGAAGAGGCUGAGCAGGCUAUCCGCUUCCUCCAGAGCGGAAAAAGUUCAGGCAAGAUUGUUCUGAAAGUAGACAAGGGCGCGUCACUUCCGAUUGUACAAGGCUCAGAAUCAAAAUACUGCUUCCAUGAAGACGCCACCUACGUGAUUGCGGGUGGUCUUGGUGGAAUAGGCCGCAGUAUGGCGCGGUGGCUCGUUCACCGUGGUGCACGCAAUCUCAUCCUUCUUUCUCGAUCUGGUCCGCACGGCAGUGAACAAGCGCAGGAAAUGUUGGCUGAGAUGUGCGAGGCUGGAGUCAAUGUACAAUGCCCUUCCUGCGAUAUCACGGAACUGUCGUCACUGAGGAGUGCGCUACUGGAAUGUUCAAAGACAAUGCCGCCAAUUCGGGGCUGCAUCCAAGCCGCCAUGGUUCUUCGAGAUUCCACCUUCAUUAAUAUGUCCAUAGAAGAAUGGCAACAGGCGACUCAGCCAAAAAUCCAAGGAUCUUGGAAUCUGCACCUUGCACUGCCUUCUGGAAUGGCUUUCUUUAUCCUGCUGUCUUCCUUCUGUGGCAUCUUUGGCAACGCCGGCCAGUCCAACUACUCAGCCGGCAAUACUUACCAAGACGCCUUUGCAGGCUACCGCACCUCAAUCGGAGAAAAGACUGUUGCUCUGGACUUGGGAAUUGUGCUCGGGGAAGGGUUCGUGGCUAACAGUCAAGAAGUCCUGGAUCGCCUACUAAGACUGGAUCUACUCCGUCCAAACACGCUGCCCGAGAUCUUUGCCUUGAUUGAUUACUAUUGUAACCCCGAUCUUGGGUCAAUUGAGCCGUUCCAAAGCCAGGUUGUCACCGGCUUUGAAUUACCUGCCGACAUUGAAGGAAAAGGAAAAGAGAUUCCCAAUGCAAUGCUUCAGCGCAUUUUUCGUUGCAUGCAGCAAGCCGAAGGAUCGCACAAGCAUUCGCUGGCUUCAAACUCGAAAGUCCAAUCGUUUAGAACUGCAUUUGCUAGCGCCGCGUCGUCAAGUUUAGGCAGUCUUGUCGUGUUGGAAGCAUUGCGAGUAAAGCUGAGCAGGGUCUUGGGCUUGUCAAUCGAGCAUAUUGAUCUCGAUUCGGCGUUAGAUAGCUUUGGAGUUGAUUCAUUGGUUGGGUUGGAGCUGCGGAACUGGCUGGCUAACGAGACCGGUGCCGAUCUUGCUGUCUAUGAAAUCCUCGGUGGGGCGACAUUGAAGAGUAUUGCGGAGACGGUCACAUCAAAGAGUUCUAUACGCCCAGAGAGUUGGAAUAAGUAA